CUUCCUAGCCGUCAGCACUCCAUCGCAGCUCUUGCGGAAAACCCUAUUCGCCCCUUCGCAGGAAAGCCAGCUCAACCGGAGUGAAAAAAUGGUGACCGCCAAGAAGACAAAGAAGACCCAUGAGAGCAUCAACAACAGGCUCGCCCUGGUGAUGAAGAGCGGGAAGUACACCCUUGGGUACAAGACCGUCCUUCGCACUCUGAGAAACUCCAAAGGUAAACUAAUCAUCAUCUCUAACAACUGCCCUCCAUUGAGGAAGUCGGAGAUUGAAUACUACGCCAUGCUUGCCAAGGUUGGGGUUCACCAUUACACAGGAAACAAUGUUGAGUUGGGCACUGCCUGCGGCAAAUUCCACCGUGUUUCUUGCUUGAGCAUCAUUGAUGCAGGUGACUCGGAUAUCAUAAAGUCCCUCCCAGGCGACCACUAAAUCUCUUGCCCGUCUCAUGGAAUCGCGCUUAUUUCAAUUCGUGACGGUGUUUCUUUUUGUUUCCAAAAUGUGGCAGUUUUUUGUUUUAGAGUUGGAUUAGCAAGAAUGAUGUGUUGUCGUGAGGAUUUUGUCCCCUGUCAUACUCUUAUUAUGUAUCUAGGUGGUAGCAAUGUUUUGUUGGAUCUGGUUAUGGCAAAAUUUUCACCGCAGGCUGAACUUUUCUAAGGAACUGUGUGAUUGGUGUUCAGAAAUUUUCAUGCAUUGUUGGCUCUUGCCCUAGUCUUGCUUUUUCCCCCUGAUUACAUAUCUGCGGCGUGGCCAAGGAUUUCGAAGUCUGGUCAUGGCGAAGAAGCGACUAUACUAAAUUGCCUUUGAUAGAAGCAAUCAAUAUUCGCACGAGGCUAUGGUUAGGUAUGUAGAAUCCAAACAACCAAUUAGUGCC